AUGGAUGAGGUUCCAUUAACCGAAGGAGACCAGACCCGACAUCUCAAGAUCGGCUCCAAGCUAACCGAAGGAUUGAGAAGAAGACUGAUAGACUUCCUCAGGUCUAAUUCCGACUGUUUCGCUUGGUCCCAUGCAGAUAUGUUUGGGAUCGAUCCGAUGAUCAUCAUGCAUAAGCUGCAGGUGGACCCCCUACAUCAACCUGUCAGACAAAAGAGACGGAAGUUCGCCCCAGAAAGAGAUGGGAUCAUCAACGACGAAGUCAAGAGCCUGCUCGGCGUGGGGUUCAUUCGCGAAGUGCUGUACCCAGAGUCGUUAGCCAACAUCGUAGUGGUCAAGAAAAAGAAUGGGAAGUGGAGAGUCUGCAUCGAUUUCACGGACCUCAACAAGUCAUGUCCAAAGGAUCCCUUCCCGCUACCUCAUAUUGAUAAACUAGUGGACGCCAGUGCGAGGCACCAGCUGAUGAGCUUCAUGGACGCGUUCUCUGGCUACAAUCAGAUACUUAUGCAUCCGGAGGACCAAGAGAAAACCUCCUUCAUGACGUCCAGAGGGAUCUACUGCUACAAGGUCAUGCCCUUCGGCCUAAAGAACGCAGGAUCGACCUAUCAGCGACUGGUCAACAUGAUGUUCGCAGACCAAAUCAGAAGAACCAUGGAGGUCUACAUCGAUGACAGGCUAGUCAAAUCCCUGGAAUCAGAAGAUCACAUAUCUCACCUACAGAAAGACUUCUCCACCCUCAGCAAAUAUAACAUGAUGCUCAACCCGGCUAAAUGCUCAUUUGGGGUCAGUUCUGGCAAGUUCCUCGGGUACAUCGUAAACCGGGGCAUCGAGGCCAACCCGGAGCAAAUCAGGGCCACUCAUUCGAUCCUUUCCCCGAAGGACGUCAAGGAGGUUCAAAAACUGACGGGAAGGAUGGCAGCCUUGAGCAGAUUUAUCACCAGGCUCUCCGACAAAUCUCACGCCUUUUUCGGAACUCUCAAGAAUCUGAAGGAUAUCCAGUGGACGGAAGACCACCUCGAAAAACUGGCCUUAGCCCUGAUAGUCACUGACCGCAAGCUCCGACCCUACUUCCAGGCUCAUCCAAUCGUGGUUGUUACCUCCUUCCCUGUAAAGUUGGACCUCCACAAACCAGAAGUCUCCGGACGCCUAGCCAAAUGGGCCGUGGAACUAGGGGAGUACGACGUAAUAUUUCGACCCGCCACGGCUAUAAAGUCACAGGUCCAAGCAGACGUCGUGGCUGAAUUCUCCCCUGCCUUGCUCCCAGUUCUGGUGCAUGAGGUACGCCUCCAAGGCGAGAUUAAGGAAGAAGGAGAAUGGAUCCUACACGUUGAUGGAUCCAGCAACGUCAGAGGAGCUGGAGUAGGGAUAGUGCUUACCUCGCCAAAAGGGAAUAUAGCCUCAAGGGCCGUGAGAUGCAACUUCAAAGCAACCAACUACGAAAGCGUGUAUGAGGCCCUAAUCGCUGGCCUAAACCUUGUUCACCAAAUAGGGGUAGAGAACAUCCAGGUCUUCGGUGACUCCCAGCUAAUAAUUAGCCCGGUACAUGGGGAAUAUCAAGCAAAAGACGACAGCAUGAUCCAGUAUCUGGCGGUCUCUCAACGACUAAUCAAGAAGUUCAAGAGCUGCAAACUCACGCAAAUCCCCCGGGAACAGAACUCACAAGCCGAUGCCCUGGCUAAUCUAGGGUCCGCCCUCGAAACGAAUAGCCAGAUGAGUAUCCCCUUGCUCGUGCUUCAAUGGCCAGCUACCAUGGAGGAACCCCCAUCAGAGGAGGUCUCCGCUGUCGAAGAAGGAGAAACCUGGAUGACCCCCCUGAUCCGGUACCUGGAGGCCGACAUCCUCCCGGAAGACCGUAGCGAGGCCAAAAAGAUCAAGAAGCUGUACCGGAGGUCUUUCUCUGGCCCGUACCUAAGGUGUGUCACACCCCAAGAAGCCGCUAGAAUCCUUGUAGAACAACAUGAAGGAGAUUGUGGAUCCCACUCUAGCGGCAGAAGCUUGGUGUUCAGAGCCAGAAGGGCUGAUUACUAA